AUGAAGCUCUCCAUCGAGGUGGAGAUCCAGCCCGAAGAGGUGGCGCUCGCCACGGAGCUGUUCAAGUUGCUCAGGUCGCUGGCGCAGGAGGUGGGCGCUUCGGCGCCCGCGGUGAAGGAUCCGGGGGCGGUGCUGCGCGGCCUGAUCGAGAAGCUCGUGGACCCGUCGCGCCUAGACCAGGUUGCAGCCGAUGUAACAACUAUUCUGCAUGACACGUCCGUGGGUUCCCAGGAGUCCAGAUUCGAUGAGCUUGAGAAGGCGUUCCUUGAAGUGACCUUCAAUCAAGAGUAUGUCUGCCGGAGCCAGAGUGUUUUGCCCUUCCUGCAGCUCAUUCCCAAGCUCAUGGACCCCUACCGGACAAAGCUGCGAGACAAGCUCAUCAGCACGGUGAUGCAAGUGCUGGUGAUCAAUAGACCAGUAGAUGCAAAGAGGGAAGAAUUCUUUCUGUACGCGGAGGCCUUUGCUGGGCUUGUUCAGAUGGAGUACAUAUCAAUCAGCGGUGCUGCGCAGACAAUAGACAGGCUGCUGCAGAAACCAGAGAACCGCGCAGCCUCCCUCACUGUGCUGGGGAAGACGUCGGAGCUGUGCUCAAAGCAGAUGCUUGAAAAGUGCGACAAGAAGGCAUUGGAAAGUCUGAGGACAACUGUCCAGGGCAUCAAGGAAGAGCCAUUUCAUUUUGAUGUCAACUACAUAUCCAAAUGCAUGGGGUGGACGCACCCGCUGCUGGUACAGUCGCCUCUUGCGCCAGGCAAGCAUUCGGCCCUUGGUAACGAACCAGCUUCAACCACAGCCACUGGCACCUCCAGCUCGGCUAGUGCAGUCUCCCUGGUCCCUGUCUCCUCCUGGGAGGGCCACAGCGACCAAAUCUUUGCUAUGUGCUUCGACCCCACCUCACGCAGCCUGAUCACUGGUGGCAAAGAGGGCACUUGCUUGGUUUGGUCGGAAGAGGGCGCCAUCACUCAAAGGAUUCCCAUGCCCGAGCACUUCGUCUGCGCCCUGGACAUGUAUUCUCAACAGCACAUGCUGCUUGCUGUGGGAAUGGCCAGCGAUGAGGGCAAGAAGGAGCCCCCUUGCAUCGCGCUGUUCGAUCAGGAGAAGGGCUGGCGCCGAUGCGGCUACAUCAACCGGACGGGCAACGCCCUGGUAUCUUGCAUCCGCGCCGUCCACGGCCCCGGCUCCAAUGGCUUCGCCACGGGCGAGGAGGUGGGCUCAGGGGCGCCCAUGGAGGAGCGCGUGUGCUACUACGACUUGGCCACCGCCACAAACCUAUCCACCCUGGAGCCCCUGGCCUUCAUGAGCGGCCACGAGGACAUGGUGGCCAGCGUGGUGUCCUCCACCACGCACCCCUACGUGCUGUUCUCGGGCUCCCGGGACCAGACGGUCCGGGUGUGGGACCGCCGCACGGCCGCGGCGCCCACCAUGCUGGGGACGUACGACGCGGCCUCGGGCAAGGCGGUGGCCCACAGCCGCAUGGUCACUUGGCUGGACGUCUCCAACAUGGACCUCGUUAGCUCGGGUGGCGACGGCUGCGUGGCCCACUGGGACCUCCGCAAGCUCUCCAGCUCCGCCGCUGGCAGCCCCCCCAUUCAGCGCAUCAAGCUUGGCGGCCAGCUGGUGCUUAAGGUUGCACUGAACUACGCGCCGCGCCCGGGGCUCGUGGCAGCCGCGUCCAUGGACGCCCUGCACCUCAUCGACCUGCGGAGCGGCGCGGAGAUCGCCCCGGGGCCGGGGACGGCGAACGGGCGCCUCCGCAGCACGCGGUACUUCGAUCUGAAGUGGUCGGAGGGCAGGAAUCGGCUGUACGCAUCCAGCGAGAUGAAGAUCGAUGUGUUCAGGCUGCAGUGA